AUGAGCCAAUUAGCUAGCGGCCAGCGGUCUGGGCUGGCACGGUCAACCCACCUGUGCACGUCAUGUCUACAGGCCUGGAGCUCGCAGCUGCAGCAGCCACCGAUUCAGCGAUCGAUGUGGACGCAGAGCGGUGCCGCCACCCAUCGGCAGUACGCAACGGCGAGGCCGAAAAAGGGAUCUCCAGCAGCAAGCGAAGAGGCCGAGCCGGCUUCGUCGCCGCCGGCAAAGCGUGGCCGGCCGGCAUCAUCGACGAAACGGGCUCGGUCCACCAUCACGACCGUGGCCCAGGCCAGCAAGACACAGCUCAAGCUCUGGCGAGAGACGCUCGUGAUUCUGAAGAAGCUCGAGGCUGUGCAGGAGCGGCUGGCCGAGCAGGGACAAGGAGCCGCCGGCAGUGACCGCAACAUCACGGGCGACGACGACGCCUCCCAGGUUCUGCCGGCCAUCUCGGCUGCGGAAGAGGCCAGACCAGGCGCCAUCAAGAAGGCCGUGGCGCUGGCCAAGUCGGCCGACAGCGAUGGGCCUGACCAGGUCAAGAUGCUGACGAGCGCGCUGCACCUCCUGAAGACGGUUCUCAGCACGCAGGGACAGCAGCAAGAGCAGGCCACAGACCAGUCCAAGGACAGUGGUGAGACCAACGAGAUACCAGAGGGGAGGGCGAACAGGGCUACCCGCAGGAAGGCCCAGAAGAAGAAGGAGGCAGCUGAGGCAGCCACAACGUCCGAGAAGCAGCGCCCGCCCUUGGUGACGUUUGUGGCAUCAAAGGACAGCGGCCCGUCCAGGGCAAAACGGAGGGCACAGGCGGCAGCACAGGCGGCAGCAGAGGCAGCAGCAGAGGUAGACGGCGGUGCAGCAGCUGAGGCAGACGCAGACGCAGACACGACAGCAACAGAGAGCGAAAAGCCGACAUCGUCCAAGAAGAAGGCGACCGAGUCGCCGUACCAGGUCAACCGGGUCAAUUCGAAGCACCUGGAGCUAACACCGGUGGACGAGGAAGUUCGGCCGGUCCCAAAGCUGUCGUACGGGCUCGACCGGGCGCUGUUCAAUCCGGGCGUCUACCACCUGCAAGACCCGCGGUCGCGCGUGUUCAACUUCGACCCGUAUCUGGCGACGAUCAUGCCGAUCCGCGAGUUCGACUUCAACGCACUGAAGCAGUACGUGACGUCGUCCAAGGACCCGACGCUGAUCUCGAUGGCGGCGCGGCUGCAGAAAAAGUACUCUGGGUCGACGUCGAGCAUGACGAGCAUGCUGUCGCACUUCCACUUUCUCCUGUCGAGUUGGCGGCCCAUCGAUGCCGGCCACAUGUCGCGGUCGUUCUCGGCCGAGUCGCUCAACUUUACGCGCAUCACCAAGGCGCCGGCGGCCACGUUUCUGCACUGGAAGGACGGCACGUACGCCAUCGACGCGGACAAGGAGUUUGACACGGCCAACAUCCUCAGCAUGCUGGGCAAGUCGAUGGAGAAGCUGUUGACGCUGUCCAAAGACGACUUUGAAAAGUACCGGGUCAGCAAGUCGCACGAGCUGACGGACGCCGAGCGCAACGACCCCGAGGCCUUUCACUACACCACGUUUGGCGACUUUUUGAUGCGGUCGCAGCUGGACGCGCACGACGAGCGGCUGCCCGGAUCGGGCAUGUUCGACCUCAAGACGCGGGCGGUCGUGUCGAUCCGCAUGGACGCCCAGGCCUUCCAGCAGGGCCUGGGCUACGAGAUCCGGCAGCGGUUCGGCCAGUGGGAGUCGUUUGAGCGCGAGUACUUUGACAUGAUCCGGUCGGCCUUCCUCAAGUACUCGCUGCAGGUGCGCAUGGGUCGCAUGGACGGCAUCUACGUGGCCUUCCACAACACCCGCCGUAUCUUUGGCUUCCAGUACAUCAGCAUCAACGAGAUGGAUAAGGCGCUGCACGGGACCGAUGACCGCACGCUGGGCGAUCGCGAGUUCAUGCUCAGCCUGGACAUGCUCAACGCCGUGCUGGACCGCGCCACGAAGCGUUUCCCGGGCCGGUCGUUGCGGCUGCACUUUGAGACCCGUCCGUCCGAGGUGGCGCCGUUUAUGUACAUCUUUGCCAAGCCGGUCGAGCCGGAGGAGAUCGAGGAGGUGCAGACGGCCAACAAGGCGUCGGUCGAUGCGUUUGAGCAGAAGAUGCUCGGCAUCGUGGCAGGCGACGCCAAGAAGGAGGUGCUGACGGCGGAAACAGACGCAAUCGCAGAGGAGAGCCCCUCGAGCCGGGAAGAGGAAGAGGAGGACGAGCAGGAGGAAGAGGAGGAAGAAGAGGAUGACGUCGACAGCCAGAGCUUCGACGUGUGGGAGUCGAUGCGGCAAAAGGUGGAAGAGACGAUGGAGAACGAGACGCUUGGGAUUGCGUCAGUGCGCGAGACGAUUGAAGACGCGCUGGAGCAGAGCGGACUGUUGCGGGGACGGUCGCCUGACGAGACGCGCGGCUAUGUGGACGCGCUGCUGGACGCGGUCACGCAGCCAGACACGGAGAAGGUAGCCGAGAGCAUCCUGAACGAGGGAGAGACGAGGACGGAGACAGACGACGAGACGGGCGCCGUGACAGAGGUCCAGGACGAGGAGGCUGGCAAGGCGGCUGAAGAGACGGCCACGGCGGACAGCAGCGAAGAGCCGGCCUCGUUCGAGUCGGAGAACCCAGCGGUCGAGAAAGAAGCAGCGGCCGAAGAGACGAUCGAAGAGGCCGUCGAGGUGGCGCAGGAUGCAGACGACACGCCGAGCAGCAGCCAGCAGGCUGUUUCUGUUUCUGGUCCGGGCAGUCAGCGUGCUUCGGACACGAUUUCGCUCAAGGACCUCAUCAUCAAGCUGGCCGAUCAGGUGGAGGCAGCCCAGACGGACGUCGUGGAAGAGCCGGAGGAGCAGCAGCAGCAGCAGCAGCAGCAGCAGCAGUUGCAGCCACACGAAGACGACGACGGCUCCAUGGCUGUCGGUGCCGAGGGUACGGACGGAUACAAGAACAAGCGGUUUGAGCGGAUCCUGACGGAGAUGAUGGUACGGUCGAAGAAGGCGGCCAAGGCGGUGGAGCCGAAAAAGGGCGGAGACGACGGCAAGACGGAGUCUUUGGGCGCAGCCAGUGGGGCGGACACGGCCGAUGCCGAGCUGCUGGGCAUGAUCCUGACGCUGCGCAACAAGGUCAACGGACAGUAUGUCGCGCGGCCGGAGCAGCUGACUAAGCACGACGCCUGGGUGGUAGAGUACGCGAUCGAGGAGAUGCAGCCGGCCACGCGCACGCACAGCCUGUACGAGAUGGUCCGGAAGCGACGGCGGGCGCUGCUGGGCCCACGGCAGGCCAAGUCGACCGCGUUCGACCGGGACUACAUGGCGCGGCUGCAGGCGCUGAGCGCCAAGGGACGGCAGUACCGCAAGGAGGAGAACCGGACGGCGCGGAAGCAGCCGGUGCGCGUGUAUGGCGUGGACGAGAAGCUGGUCUGGGAUGACAUCUUUUCGGAGGAGGAGGAGUGA